AUUAACGAGUUAUCAAGUGAAGAAAAGGAUGAAGAAAUAAUGGAUAUUGAUGUAUAUAAUGAUGUAGAUAAUGAUAUGAUGAAUGUAGACAAGAAUGAAGAUAUGGAAGAUGAAUACAUGACAGAUAAUAAGUGUGAUA